UCGACCUUAAAGUAAUCCGAUCAAUAUUUCGACAUAUAUGGACAAAAUAACUCACAGGUUUUACAUGAUGUAAGGAACCCUCAUGUUAAUGCUCAUAAUGGCUACAUCUCUUUUCUUGCAUUGUAAUUGAAUGCAUAUUUUAUUCCUUCUGCAGGUUAUAGGGAAAGGCAUGUUGGUUAUCAUUUCCGAUUCUGGAAAGCUCUUUUUUCUAACAUUUUGUAAUGAAAUGCACAGGUUCUUUCCAGUGACUCAUGUUCAACUUUCUAUCCCUGGCAACUCAAGACACCAGAUUGGUAGAAUGCAUGUUGUUGAUGCCUUGUAUGACUUACAACACUCUGGAGUUUAUGACAUCAUUGGAAAACAUGAAGAUUCAGCAACUUGCAUUGAGUAUUCUCCAGAAACAGGCGCACAAGUUUUAUGGUGUUCAGGAUCCUCUGGCACAAGAGUGUUUUGAGGCUAUUAAGUCUACAAAAAGUCCUGAAGAAGUAGCCAGGAUAGGAAGGAAAAUGCAGAGACGAAGACCAGACCUGGUAUGUUUCAUUUUCUAGAGUUUAAUGACAUCUUCAAAACUACUAGUCUGGCUCUAUAAUUGUGAUGUUACUAUGAUUUUCUCCUGUG